AUGACCAGGACCAGGACCAGGCGCUCCACUAGGCGAGCGGUAGCUGAACUGGAAGGCCGUCAGGUGCAACAGGCCCCAGCCCAAGCGCAGAGCCAGCGCCGUAGCGGGCGUCACAGCGCUCCCAGCCCCAAGACGGGCGCGACGCAGCACACGACGCGGAUGCAGGACAACAUCGCUCAACCACGCCCGCCCGCGCGAAUGAAGAGACCGCUGGACCAGAUCAAUUCGAACUCGGACCCUCUAAAGUCCAAGAGGGCGAGAAACAAGAUCGUCAUCGAGAUCCAGGCAAAGUCCCAGGCCGUCCACCCGCCCAAGACGGUCGCCCUGAGGACAGCGCAGAGACCGGCCGCGGGCGCGACGACAACGACGACGACGCAGCAGACGCAGCAACCGCCGCACCACCACAACAAACCCCCUCCUCGGCCGCCACCGCCGUCCGCCGCUGCGCAGCCAGCACCCGCGGUCAAGACGGCGCACAGUCAGCUCACAAACCACCAGAAGAAGGUCAUCAAUGGCAUCAGGCACGAGCUGGACCGAUUGCAGCCCAGUGCCGCCGAUGCAGGCCAGGCCAGGGAGCCCGGCCGCAAGCUGAGAUCGCAGGAGGCCACGCGGUUCAAGAGCGAAUUGUCAGCAUACUUCCCCGACUACGAUGAAGUAAUCGGCAAUGAUGCAAAGGAGCACCACGUCCUCAACAUCGAGACUCCUAUUCUAGUCGUCGACUCCCAGGCAUCCCCACACUACAAUGUCCGAAAACUCCCCCCACGGCACGCGUCACCACUCGUCCAACCCCAACAGCUCCCCACGGGCAGCUCUGGCAAUCGGAGCAGACACGAUCAUUCGCACAAGCCAAUUCCAGAAGUUUACCCUGUAAAACAUUUUGGCGAUAUAUUAUUCACAAAUUUGUACGAGGCACAGCGGAUCGAUUUUGGGUUCCUAGGAGCCAGACACAGCAGUGAUGACCCUCAAGAUCCCUUGCCCGAUUCGGCCUACGAGCCUGCACACAGGAAGGCCGAACGGUUAGAGAAGUCGAUUCGAAACACCGAAAAGGGGCGGGCACAGCAUGAGAAAGAUCAGAUCAUCCGCCUGCUUGGCGAGCUGCAGGGGCCUGACUGGCUUAGGACCAUGGGUGUUAGUGGAAUCACCGAGAGCAAGAAGAAGACCUUCGAGCCCGCGCGGGACCACUUCAUCAGGGGGUGUCAGGCCAUACUGGACAAGUUCCGCUGGUGGUCGUUGGAGGAGAAGAAGCGGAAGCUAGAACGGGACCGCGUCCAGGCUGAAGAGGCUGCCAGCACGGGACUGGAUGACGAAGAAGAUGUUUUAGAAGAAGAAGAAGACGAAGAGGCGGAGGAUGAGGAUGGAGAGGAAGAAGAAGAGGAGGAGGAGGAAGAAGAAGGAGGAGGAGAGGAAGGGGGUGGAGAGGAGGAGGCGGAGGAGCAGACAAAGGACGAAGUGGCAGACAGUGAGGACGAGGAGAUGCUCGAUGCUACUUCGGCGCAGGACAUACCCGACGAUGUGAGCGACGGCGACCCGCCGGACUACAGCGAUGUGGACGCUUCCAUAGCGAAACAGUUGCACGAGGAAGCGCUGGCAAGGGUGAGGUUCGCACCCUCAGUGUCCUCAAGACGGUCGAGGGGCGAGCCCGCGGGGUCACCGCCGCCUCCGCCGCCCAAGGUGUUCAAGUCCUUCUUCCAGAAGCAGCACGAACGCGACGCGGCGCUGAACCGGCCGCGGCGGAGCAGGCGCGUAGCCAUGGCGUGGGGCCACCACAUACCGGAGACGACGGAGGAGGAGUUUGAGCUCGCGGAAGAGUACAGGGACGACGAGACGAUGCUGACGCGGGAGAGGAAGAAACGGCGAGAGCGCCGGGGCAGUCGACGGUGA